AUGCAGAAAGAAACCGCAUUCAAAAUUAAGUCCCUGGCUGCGAUCAGAGAUCAGUCCUCCGGAGUGGGCCAGCUGAUUUCUCUCGAUCAACAGCCGAAUGCCAUAGUUCCACAUCCCAGUAUGUUCAAGACAGCGGCCGAAACAGCGAAGGAACUGCAAUCAAACUGUGAUCGAAUAGAAGCGCUGGAGUCCAUUUUGAAUCAAAUGUCAGGCAUUAGCCCCACUAUAACGAACACACUAGGCGAGAUUCGAACGUCACUUUUGAAGGCGUCGAUUGCAAAAUCUGCGAGCCGAACAGAAUCGCCUCCUGAGUCGACAGCCGACUCCAACGAUUCGUUACAAGCACAAGCUCUUGCCGAUUUAUCACAGCAACAAGCAAAGCUGGCGUCAUUGAAUCAGUUCGCAAGCGUUCCGAAAGCGAUGCCGAUGACACUGCAACCGUUCCCUACUGUGUCGGCACCGAUGGACUCACAACUACUACAACAUUUGUUAACGCAACAACUAAUGCAAUUAAUAGCUACACCGCAAUUAACGCAAUAG